AUGGACAGCAAUAAAGAUGAUGAUGGACUACUGAACAGGAUUGCAUUUCCAGGAGCUAUGUCCCUGGCUAACAGCCAUGCUCAUCCCCACGGGAUCCCGCUGAGAGAGCCCUUCGGGGUUCCCUUUCGUCUGGACCCGUCAUACUGGGAGCAAGCCUACAGCGGGCACACAGGUCGUAUCUCCUACAUCCCAUUCCCUGGCUAUGUGAGUGUCUAUGACUAUUCCUUUGAGCCUGCCUUCAUUCGAAAGAGGAACGAGAGGGAAAGGCAGCGAGUGCGCUGUGUGAAUGAGGGCUACACACGCCUGAGAGAGCACCUGCCCAAGGAAUUUGCCGACAAGCGCCUCAGCAAAGUGGAGACCCUGAGAGCUGCAAUAAGCUACAUCAAACACUUGCAGAGCUUGCUGGACUGCCAUCCCUUAGGGUCGAACGGUAAGGAAAAGCUCUCUGCCAAGGAGAUCCCAGAAGCUCCCAUUCCCCAUCCCCUGCCAGAGUGCAACAGUGAUGGAGAGUCGAAAACAUCUUCAGCUUCAUCCCCCUACAGUGAAUUUGAGGAGACAGGCAGCUAG